AUGAGUAAAUAGAAGUAAACUGAUAAUAAAACUAAUGAAUAAUUUAUUAGUGAUUUGCGAUCUCUUUUUGAAGUCACUAGCAAUAGACACAAGUAGGAUAAGGAUUUCUUGAAAAAAUUUACAUCCCUUAUUAAAAAGGAAAAACUAGUUGAUAAAAAAAAUAUCGUGAAUGAAAUGCUAAAUCUGUUUAAGUUGGCUUCCAAUUCUAAAACUCUUUAUUUUAAUACUAUUGUUGACGGCUUAUUGCUUCUGUAAGCCAAAGACAUCAAUAUUAAUGUUGUAUUGGCAGAAGCUAUUAAAGGUCCAUGUUAAAUAGAUAAAAAAUCAAAAGAAAAUUAAGAUAAUGAAGAAAUCAAACUCUUUUGUUUUUAAAAAUUAGAAAUUCAACAUGCAGAGACACAACUCAACUUAUCUAAAGUGUUGGUUUUCAUGGAACGAGUAUUAAAAAUGAUAUCCGCAAAAACUAAAGAGGAAAUCAAAAAGAUGUUUUAAUUCCUGACUUCCAUUCAGGAUAUCUUAAGUUAAUAAUUACAAUUAUAAAGCUUGAUUUGCAUACUUAUACUUAAAAUUGUAUUGACUUUAAGAAAAGAAUCAGCAUUACAGAAGACCGAUAUGAAAGUCUUAUAUAAUUUAAUCGAUGAAUAAAGUAUUCACUUAGUAUUUAAAAAUAUCCUAACAAUCGCAAAAACCACUUGUAUACAUAUGUAUUUUAUAAUUUAGAUGUUCAUAAAUAUUAUCACUACAUAUUUAAAAGUUGCUUCAUGUUAUUAAGUGAGAUUUGUAUCAAAAAUAAAAUGGCUGUCUACUUUUAAACAUUCCUAUGUAGUCCAAUUAGCCAAACUCAUCUAAAAACAAUCUUUAACAUCAUAAAAGAAUUUAAUUAUCAAUUCUUCCAAGACAUCAAAGACUUGGUAUCUAUUUUUCAUACUAUUUAUAAGCCAUAUUUAUUUGAAAAACCAAGAUUUCUAAUAGAUUAUGUCCCAACCAACUUCUUAUUAGGAUUGCUCAAUAGAAAUCCAGGAAAUUGGAUGUGUGUUCAGAAUUUCAUCCAAAAUCAUAUUCAAAUUGAUGACAAAUACUUAAAUUUCACCCUUGCCAACUUAGCAUAAAGAUAAUCUAAAAUAGUAGACCCUGGAUGCAUCUUCUAGUCGAAUAAAUUGUAUGCUAUACCCAAUUAAAUAUUAGGAAAAAGAAGAACAUUACUUAAAUCGACUAAUUGUUGACUGAAUCCAUUCAAUAACAAUAGGACGUUGGAGACUAUAACACUUACAUAUAUUGUUAAUUACACCUACUUAUAUAUUUAAAUUCCUUCGAUUUAACAAGCAAUUACUUCAAUAAAACAUAAAUAUCAUGUGACUCAAGGUUCUUCAAGAGAUUAUUCUUGCUAAAAUUGGAAGAUAAAAUGUAAGAAUCUUGUAAUUCAUAUUUAGCUAUAAAUAUUAAGAAGUUACAAGAUUGUCAAAGCCUAGACAAGGGAUUAAUUAAUACUUUACCUUUUAAAUUAACAAAUAACUAAAAUAAUUAAAGUAGCCAAUUGCAUAAAGCCAAAUAAAAAACAUCUAUUAGGACAUCAAAUAAAUGCUUAAUAUCAAUUAUCAUUUCUAAUUCCCCUUUAUUUCUAAAUUUUCCUCGUAUAUCAAGGUUCUCUUCAAAGACCUGACUCAAUAAUUCCUCAAUAAUACACUUUUUCCAUUUGAUUAUCAAUAAUACUUUGGCUUAAGUAUGACUUUCUUACCUAUAUAGUAAUGAUAUUAAGUUCGUACUCAAAGUAAGCUUUCCAAGCGUUUAUAUUCUCCAUAUUUAAUUCAUUAUUGGCAAUGAAGAAGCCUCACACUGUGCAUUAAGAAUUAACACGAUUUUAGUUGUCUGCCUUAGAAGAAGUCGGGGUUAUGUUCAAUGAGAUGAACAUUGAGGAUUCGAUAUUUUAAUAGAUGAUAAUUGGUUCUAUUCACUUCUUUCUUACUUUCGAAAUUAAAAAGAAUUCAAAGCUAAAUUAAUUCACUCAGAUUCUAGAACGAUUGAAGACGUAUUUAAGAUUGAAUUGGAAGAGUGAAUAGAGUGUGCUAAAACAAUACAAGUAACUUAUGUUGAUGGCAGUUGAUCGAUUCUUGAUGUUGAAUGGAUUGGGGUAAUUAAUGAUAGUAAUUAGGGCAUAAUCUUUAAAGAAUAAUCAAAGCAAAUUUAUGAGAUUCUUCAAUACUCAUUUAGUGAACAAUAUCGAUUUCAUUGAAGUCUUGAUCAAGUUGACUCAACAUAUUAAGAUACAAGAAGUGUCAAAAUAUUUGGAAUAUUUGGGAGAAUGCUAUUUGGGUAGUUUGGCAAUUCAUUAAUAGAAUAAAAGUGUGAAAUUCCAAUUGUGUACUCAGGUAACUAAGAGAAUUAUAAUAGAUUCUGUAUCAUCAUAGAAAGAAUGCGUUGAUUUAUUUGGAACAAAACAUGAAGGAUGCUAAUCAACUAUAUGAAUUGCUCUAUUUCUUUUAGAGAGAGAAAAGAUUGAAAUAAGAACAACCUAAUGUGGAGUCAAAUGGAAGAUAUUAAUGUAGAAAGAAGCUAAUCUAUUUGUUUAUGAAAGAAUCAUAAUUUACAAAGGUGCAUUAUAAUUGUUUAUUGAAAUUAUUAAAAUGAAAAAAAAUUAAAAACAUAUAUGUUGGAUCUGUUACUAAAAAAACACACACAAGAGAUUUAAACCAUGCUAUUGCAAAGGAUCUUUGUCAUAUAUUCAUAGGAAAUGCCUAAACGAAUGGGCGACAAAGUAGUACAAUCAAAACAAUUAGAUAAUUAAAUGUCCUAAUUGCAAAUAUGAAUAUUUAUUUGCGAUAAAAGAAUGCUAUAAAGUAAACCUAAAGGUUAUUUAAGUUGCGUAAUUUUUCAACAUGGCAAUUUUGUGAUUCAAUUGAGAAGAUAGUCUUAAUUUGCAUGACUCUAGGUUUAAUAAUGAUAUCUGGACUCGAUUUUAUGUCGGUGUCAGAUUACAUGCAAGUUGAUGAAAAUGAAAAGUAAGAAGUAACAAUGUUCAAAUGGGUAAACAGAGUUCACUUUGGGACAGUUUUAAUCAUUCUUUGUUCAGCAACUUUUAAUAUUGUCCAAAUGGCUGUGAGUAAAACCGAGUUGGAAAUUUUGGAUAUACGAUAUUGA